AGCAGUGUAAAUAGUCAUUAAAUUGGUGACAGGAGACGACAGGAAAGGAUCUCAUCAUCCACAUCCUUCAUUUCCUACCCCCCAGCACCCCGGUCCACUCUGUCGGCCAUGUCUGUCGUUGGCAAGCAACUGAAUCCUGUGCAAAACGCCUCCUCAGCAUCCAAUUCCAGCAGCAACACCGCCAACUCGGCAAAUGAAGCCAACAAUUCCGCUUCCUCUGUGGCUGCAUCUGCUGUCGGUGUCGGUGUCGGUGUUGGAGUUGGAGUUGGUGGUAAUUCCGCCACUGGCCUGGUAGGACCUGGUGCUGAUUGCAAACGGAAGCCAUUGGAGGAAUCUAAUGUCAGUCCCGAGGAUGUACUCCAUCUCACCAAAAUCACCGAUGAUUAUCUCUGCUCGGCAAACGCCAAUGUGUUCGAAAUUGAUUUUACACGCUUUAAAAUCCGUGAUCUAGAGAGCGGUGCGGUACUCUUUGAGAUCGCCAAGCCCCCCAGCGAGCAAUUUCCCGAUGGGCUAUCCGUUGAAGAUACAAUGCUGGCCGCCGCCGAGGAGCUAUCACUAGAAGACACUGCCGAUCCGAAUGCCGGACGCUAUGUGCGUUAUCAAUUUACGCCUGCAUUCCUCAAUCUGAAAACUGUGGGAGCCACUGUGGAAUUCACGGUGGGCAGCCAGCCAGUGAACAAUUUUCGUAUGAUUGAACGUCAUUUUUUCCGUGAUCGUUUGCUAAAGACAUUCGAUUUUGAAUUUGGCUAUUGCAUUCCAUAUUCGAAAAACACUUGCGAGCACAUAUACGAGUUUCCUAAUCUUCCACCAGACCUAGUUGCUGAAAUGAUAUCGAGCCCAUUUGAGACGCGAUCAGACAGCUUUUACUUCGUGGAAAAUCGACUUGUUAUGCACAACAAGGCCGACUAUGCAUACGAUGGCGGCAUUAUAGUCUAACCAAAUUGAAAUCAACAAUAUAUAAAACCAAAACAAACCUGGAGCAAAAACAAAAGAAAUGAACCUUAAGAAAUGUUGGGAGAUCAAAUUAAUGACUAUUUCACACCUACACACACACCUGCACACACACACAUACAUGCAAACAACACACAUCAAGAAAUGUAAACCAUUUUAGCCUUAGCACAAACGUUUUACCCACCAUUCCUGUUUAAUGUAUUUAUGACACAAAGUCAUUCACACACACACACACACACACCACACGCAAACUGUGUUCACUUUAUUUUUAAAUGAAAUUAUUUCAAUUGUAUACCUAUAUAAUUUAUAAGUGCAAUGUGAUUCCACCUUUAUCCUCUUCCCCUUGUGUAUCUCAAUUUUUUACCUUUUUUAUUUAUUUAUUUAUUUAUUGUUCGUAAUU